AUGAGUAGGGCAAGGCCGGAAAGUGGCGAUCCUCGACUGCCGCGGAGCAGAAGAACCGACUCUUUCGCCUUGCAAAACGAGCAAAAAAGUCAACCGCCCAAGCUUCACAAGGGCAAAUACAAUGUCUACAAUGGGAUGACAUGGGAGAAGCUGAAGGGAUUCUUGCGAGGCAAAUUCCCGGCUUCGAAGUAUCCUGGCUUACAGUUCAAAGAGGAGCGGGUCGGUGACCAUUGGGUUUUCGAGAUCCCCAAGCCCUUGACGAAGGAAGACAUGAACCAACUGUUACAACUGAGAGACCCUAAAUUGGCACGCCAUCGCUCCGAAACCCCAGAAUAG